CUGCCCGCGGGGCGGCGGCGGUGCGGCCUAGGCGGCGCGGGUGGGCCGCGGCGUUUCCUAGCAGCGGCGGCUGCCGCCAUGGCGCCGCGGCGCGGCUGGCCGCUGAGCUACGCGCUGCUGUGCGGGCAGGCCGCGCUGCUGCUCGCCAACCUGCUGCUGCUGCAGGGCGUCUCGCGGAGCCACCAGCACAACGCCACCGAGGCCGCGCCGCCGCCGCCCGCCGCCGCCGCGCCCGCCUGGGCCUACAGCGACCCGCGGGCGCCGCUGGUGCUCUGCACCUACCUGCCCGAGGAGUUCGUGGAGUGCGAGGAGCCCGUGGACCACGGCGGGAACGCCACGGCGCAGCAGGAGCUGGGCCACGGCUGCGUGAAGCUCGGCGGCCAGGCCUACGGCGACGUGGAGCACACGCGGGUGCAGUGCCGGGCGCUGGACGGCAUCGAGUGCGCCGAGCCGCGGACCUUCCUGCGCGGCAGCAAGCCCUGCGUCAAGUACACUGGACACUAUUUUAUAACCACUUUACUCUACUCGUUUUUCCUGGGUUGCUUUGGAGUGGAUCGGUUCUGUCUGGGCCACACGGGGACCGCCGUGGGGAAGCUGCUGACGCUCGGAGGACUUGGCAUCUGGUGGUUCGUUGAUCUGAUCCUUCUCAUCACUGGCGGGCUGAUGCCUAGUGAUGGCAGCAACUGGUGCACAGUUUACUGACAGGAGCGAAGGCAGCUUCUGAGAGCCGAUCCCAAAAGAAGCCAACAGUGUCUGCAGGAUUAGAGACAGACUUCAGCAUCUCUUCUGUAGCAUCAGAGCAGACUUCUCUUGGGGGUUUCUACCAUAUACAAACAUGGAUUUACAAAGCUGUAAAUUAAUUUGCAGAGCAAUUAUUCUUGCUAACUCUUCUGUGCAUACCUUGGAUUUAAUUUACAUAUUGUACAUUUCUGUGUAUCUUGCUUGUUUAAAAUAAUCUGGAAUUUUUCCCUUUCAGCGGGUAACACUGUAAAAAUUAGGCCUUACAACAACGACUCUUAAAAUAAAAUGUGGAAAGAGA